AUGCAACGUGGAAAUUAUGAUAACGUUCAUCAACGUUGUGAUGACUUUGUAAUAGAUAUAGAACCUUAUCAUCCUGUUACCUCUUCUGGUGGUGCAUCAUCUUAUAGUACCGGAGGUACUACCACCAUGUCCACUAAUUUGUCAUCUCAACCUUCAACUACCUCGUUUACCUUCACAAAUCCUAUUACAUUAGAUGGUAAAUUAGGCAAAAAAAUACGUGACCUUGAAUUUCAUAAUCGUCAUCAAUCAGAUCAGUUAAAAUCAAUCCUUUGGGAACGGGAUGAUUUAAAGUAUAGAAAUCAUGAAUUGGAAACUAAAAUUAAAGUUUUACAAGAUCAGAUUAAUCAAUCUGGUCAAUUCCUUGAAGAAUGUGAAUCUUUAAAAAAUCAAAAUGAAAGUUUACAUAAUGGAGUUCGUCAAUUACAAUCUAUGAUCAUCACUUCAAAUAAAGAACGUGAUGAUAUAAGAGGAAAAUAUCAAUUAUUAGA